CCCAAGCCAGCCAGGAAGGAGGAGGCAGCCAGAGUGGCCACCACUGUUCUCUGCAGCAGAAGACCCCUUGCUGCCCUGCCAAACCCAGCAUUUGCCAGAGCAUUCAAUUUCCCCAAGACAUUGCUGUGCCCAAACUGGAUAGAUGACUGACUGAAAUAUUGACUGGACAGGUGGCUGACUGAAACAAGCUCUUUAGGUGGAUUAGAUACACUGAAUGAACAAAUUCAGGCCACCCAAAUAAGCAAGGAACUUAACUGAUGAAUGGGACUCUGAUUGCAGGCACACCCAUUGCGGUGGAUUUCUGGAGUAUCAGAAAAGCUGGGGAGGCUCGCUUGUUCUUCCUUACCCACUUGCACUCUGACCAUACAGUGGGGCUUUCUAGCACCUGGAGACAGCCUAUCUAUUGUUCUCCUGUUACUGGUCAACUCCUGCAUCUCCGAUUAAAGGUGGCUAAGCAAUGGAUCUGCCCUCUGGAAGUGGGAGAGAGCCAUGUUGUAGCCCUGGAUGAGAUUGGCAAAGAAACCAUGACAGUGACCUUGAUAGAUGCCAACCACUGUCCUGGAUCUGUCAUGUUCCUCUUUGAAGGCUAUUUUGGCGUCAUCCUCUACACAGGUGAUUUUCGUUACACACCCAGCUUGCAGCAGGAGCCAGCUCUGAAGAACUCUAAGCUUAUGAAUAUCCUCUACCUGGACAAUACCAACUGCAAUCCCUAUACUGUCUUACCAUCACGGCAGGAGGCCACUGAGCAAAUCAAAGAGGUGAUCAGGGCCCACCCUGAUCACCUGGUUAAGAUUGGUACCUACAGUUUAGGAAAGGAAUCACUCUUGGUGGAACUAGCCAGAGAAUUUAAAACCUGGAUUGUGGUGAAUCCUGAGAAACUGGAGCUUGUGAGGCUUCUGGGGCUGGAGGAUGUAUUCACUUCUGAGGAAGAGGCUGGUUGGAUUCAUGUUGUAGAUUUUUCAGAAAUCCGCCAAGCAACUAUGACCAGCUGGAACCAAAAGCAUCCAACUAUAGCUAUUCUCCCCACCAGCCGGCAAGUAAAGAUCAACCACUGUGAUGUCCACCUUGUUCCCUACUCAGACCAUUCAUCGUUCCAAGAGUUGCUAGAGUUUGUGGCUUGGCUGAAGCCGUGCUCUAUAAUUCCAGUGGUAAAGAGUGAGGUUUGUCAGAUGUAUUUCCAACAGUACUUGAGAUCUGAGGAUUACUCGCUUCUUGACUCCAAAGUCCCCAAGUCUGCGAAGAGAUAUAUGCAGCUACAAAUCAGGAAGCAGGAAAGAACCUCAAAAUUACUCAGACUGUCUACCUUUCGCCAUAUGCCAAGGGGAGUUAUAUUUGAUUCCUUAGAGGAAUGUAUGAGUGAGAGUGACUGGGAUGCAAACGUUACCCAGCAAACGAGCCCAGAGACAGUGAGGAAAUCUAUGCCUUCUUGUAGGCAUAAGUAUUUGCUGUGGAAGAAGAAGCAGAAAAAUGUAAUGGCAGAACCAAAAAGCUUUGAGAAUCCGAGAGUGCAUUCUCCAGUGAAGUCUGAUUUUGCUACAUCUGCCGGACAUCAGCUGAACGACAGUAUUGCCAAUCAGUUUCAAAAAUAUCAGACAUGUUCAACACUGAAACACACAGAAACUUUGUCUUGUAGUGAGAGGGAUGCUGGUUCCAAACCAAACUGGACCUCUUAUUCCUCUCCAGGCAGCGCUUGUCUCUGCCAGCUGGCCUCUCAGAACUGUGUACCUUCAAUAUUAUCCCAUGCUGUUCAGAAUGAAAUAGAGGACACAUCAACCUCUUCAGAGGAUGUGGCAUUCAAGCCUACUAGUGAAGAGGUUUCACGUGACCUUCUUCAGGAGUAUGACUUAUCUCCACUCAACAGCCCAAAGCAAUGGUCGCUCCAACACUUUGACUGGCAAGUGGAAAACUACUUAAAGAGAGCAAGGGCCCAAGUGCAUUGAACAGAGCAGAAGUUUCCAACCUCGGCUCCCCAGACACUGUUAGACUACAACUCUCAUCAUCCCCAGCCACAAUUACCUUUGGCCGUUGUGGCUGGUUAUGUUGGAUGUUUGUAGCCCAGCAUCCUCUGGCAACCCAAAGUUGGAAACCCCUGGGGUAUGGCAAAUAUGUAUCCAGUACUAGAAUUUGUGGUACAAGCCCAGUUACUAACAGAGUGCUACAGAAGGCACCUGUGGAAUGUUGUCAGCUGGGAUUCAUGGGCAUGUUUUUUCCAGAGUCAGUUGUGAAAAUAGAUCCCAACUAACUAAUACUUCAAAGUGAAUCCACAGGAUUAGUGGCUUUGAGACCUUGCCUCAAUCAACUUUUUAGAAACUUCUUCCUAAUCUAUUAGGGCUACUUACCAAUAUUUUUUGAGCUGUACUGUUGGAGAACCUAAAUAUGUAACUUUACCUGCAUACUUGUUAACAUGCUAAUCCAUAUGCUCUUCUUUUUUAUUAAACACUUUCGAACAUCCUC